UCCUCAUUCACCGCUCGUAAAAAGGGGCAGGACCAAAAACCAGGAAAGGAGAGGGCAAAACAUUUUUUUUUGACAGCAUGAACAGCAGUUUUCUCAACAUGGCGUCGAUAGGAGACUUCGACCCGCUGAACGCGACUAUCCCUGCCACCAAAGUUGAAAUCACAGUGUCCUGCAGAAACCUGCUGGACAGGGACACCUUCUCCAAAUCAGACCCAAUAUGUGUUCUCUACGCACAAGGCAUGGGCAACAAGGAGUGGAGAGAGUUUGGGAGAACGGAGGUGAUAGACAACACGCUAAACCCAGACUUUGUGCGGAAAUUCAUUUUGGACUACUUUUUUGAAGAGCGGCAGAACCUGCGAUUUGACUUGUAUGAUGUUGACUCGAAGAGCGCCAACCUGUCGAAACACGAUUUUCUGGGCCAGGCCUACUGCACUCUCGGAGAAGUGGUUGGAUCAUUGGGCAGUCGCUCGGAAAAACCUCUUGGGGGCAUUCAAGGGAAGAAAUGCGGGACCAUCAUCGUGAAAGCCGAGGAGCUGAACAACUGCAGGGAAUCAGUGAUGAUGCAGUUCUGCGGUAACAAGUUGGACAAAAAAGAUUUCUUCGGCAAGUCCGACCCCUUCCUGGUUUUCUACAGGAGCAACGAGGACGGCACGUUUACCAUCUGCCACAAGACAGAAGUGAUCAAGAAUACGUUGAACCCAGUGUGGCAGGCCUUUAAAAUCCCCGUCCGGGCUCUUUGCAAUGGGGAUCACGACAGAACAAUCAAGGUCGAGGUGUACGACUGGGACAGGGAUGGCAGUCAUGACUUUAUCGGGGAGUUCAGCACCAGCUACAGAGAACUAUCCAGAGGGCAGAGCCAGUUCAACGUCUAUGAGGUGAUAAAUCUGAAGAAGAAAGGAAGGAAGAAAAAAUACCUCAACUCUGGAACGGUAACACUGCUGUCGUUCCUGCUGGACAUUGAAGUCACCUUCCUGGACUACAUCAAAGGAGGGACCCAGAUUAACUUCACCGUGGCCAUCGAUUUCACAGCUUCCAAUGGUAACCCAGCCCAGCCCACCUCUCUCCACUACAUGAGUCCCUACCAGCUGAACGCCUACGCAAUGGCCCUGAAGGCAGUGGGAGAAAUCAUCCAGGACUACGACAGCGACAAGAUGUUUCCCGCACUCGGGUUCGGGGCCAAGCUGCCGCCCGACGGACGAAUCUCGCACGAGUUUGCCUUGAAUGGGAACCCUCAGAACCCGUACUGUACGGGUAUUGAAGGCGUGAUGGAGGCCUACUACCAGAGUCUGAAGUCAGUUCAGCUCUACGGACCCACCAACUUCUCCCCCGUCAUCAACCAUGUGGCCAGGUAUGCAGCCUCAGUGAAGGAUGGCUCGCAGUACUUUGUGCUCCUUAUCAUCACAGAUGGCGUUAUCUCAGACAUGGCACAGACCAAGGAGUCUAUUGUCAACGCCUCCUGUCUGCCAAUGUCAAUCAUCAUCGUGGGGGUGGGGCCCGCAGAAUUCGAUGCCAUGGUUGAGUUGGACGGCGAUGAAAUCAGAAUCUCAUCCAGAGGAAGAUACGCUGAGAGGGACAUUGUUCAGUUUGUCCCAUUCAGAGACUACAUCGACCGGACGGGGAACCACAUCCUGAGCAUGGCCCGGCUCGCCAAAGACGUCCUGGCCGAGAUCCCCGACCAGUUCCUCUCCUACAUGAGGACCCGCGGGAUCAAGCCGUCACCAGCGCCGCCUCCCUACACGCCGCCUCCCUACACGCCGCCGGGUCAGCCCAUCCAAACCCAGAUAUGAGGAGCCGAGGGGAAACAUGUUUUCUGAAUCGGGGGUGUGCUGAACUUAGCGUGCGAAAUACUUCCAAUUUCCCUGAAGCCGCUCUCUAAUGCCUUGUCGUCGUGGAUCACGAUGUUUUUCUCUCGUGUUCAGGAAGCUGCAUGUCGGGCCAGGAGAGUUUGCUUUUGAGGAGAGGAAAAGCCAAUGAGAGUCUGUUUACUUCCACCGUCAAGCAUCCCUGUUAAUGUCUGAAAUUUUAUUUUUUGGGGGAAACCUUGAAUAGAGUUGGAAGAGUCUAAUUGCUCUUUGGGAGGAGGAUACGAAGAAACGAAUGAAGGACAUCUUUGGAAACAUUGUCAAGAGAAUGUCUCCAGACAGAACAAAGGAAUCACUUGAUGUUUUUUCCUGUAAAUAACCGGACAUGUGUUCUCUCUUAUCUCUCCCCGACUCCCUAAUUGUUUACAGUAAACGCUAACAAGGAUUUUUACUGUUGAUACUUUUAUAUUCACACAGUUUCAAUAUGAAGCUCGAUAUAUUCUCUCUCUCUCUCUCUCUCUCUCUCUCUCUCUCUCUCUCUCUCUCUCUCUCUCUCUCUCUCUCUCUCUCUCUCUCUCUCUCCUGGUGUCAGGUAGCAGCAGUGCAGUUCCUGGUAGCUCUUCUGUACCGUACCGUGCUGUACCGUACUCUAUUCUUGUGUUUCUAUUAACCUUUUUGCAUGAGUGUAGCCUCAGUCAAGUGCAUGCAUAUACUGUAGUAUCCCUGCACUACCUCUUGGACCCCUCCAUCUGUCUGUUUGAGGGGGGGAGUGUAUGUCUGCCUGAAUCUCCAUUUGUCACAUCACCCUCUCUGUUUGUCUGUCUGCACUGCUCUCAGGUUCGUCUACCAACUAGUUUUGCAGCUUUUCUUCCUGUUUUCACUUCAAAAUGUCACACAAAUUAGGGUUGGACGUGCCAAAUUGAAAAUCCUUUUUUAUGUUUUGCUCAUCAGUUAAGAAAAGGUUUGUAUUACAAAAUGUGACGAUAAGAAAGGAAUUUCAAUCUAAAUGCAGAAAGUUUGCCCUGCUUCCCAGAGCUAUGCUGUCAAAUGUCUUUAAAAAGGCAGUAUGUUUAUCAUUAUAAUUUGUUGAGGUGCUUUUUUUCUAUCCUGCUUUGCUUUAGGAAAUCAUGUUCUCCUGAGGAUGAUUUUAAACUUGCACCAUCAUCAGGUGACAUUUUGACUUUUAAUUAUAACUAAAUGCCUGCAAAGCGAAUGCCAUGUUCAUCAUCCAACCUUAGUAAACAUUUUUACAUUUAAAAUGUAAUGUAUAGCUCUAACGACGAUGAUGAUGAUGAUGGUGAAGAUUAAAAUCGAGCGAUUUCUGUUUUUCGCAUUUUGUAUCAUUUGUGAAGUAUUAUUUGAUUUCUGAAUGGAUGACUCUCUUCUCUCUCUAUCUAUCUGUUUCUAUCUGUGUCUAUGUUCUCCUCCAAACUGCCUUGGCAAUAUGAUGCCCACGUGCCCAGGGGUUUCGUCUCAUUGUGUCGUCCAACACCAUGUCCCUGCCCCAUGUUUAAAACGACAACAGCUGCUCUCAAACUGAAUACUGUUUGAGCUUCAAGAGCCCAGUGGUCAAAAAUGCAGAGAAAAACACACUUUUUCCCUAUGUUGGCUUUUUAUGCUCCCCUUUUUUGCGCUGUGUACUUUGUAUUGCACCUUUAGCUUUGAUAUAGCUUUUAAUAUGUUUGAUUUUAUGACGUGUAUUUUUUAUGUGCCAACCAUGUGUAUGAGGAUGUGUGAUUCACUGAGGAUGUCUUCAUCAUCGGUUCUAACUGACGCCUGAUGAAGAAUGAGGUCUGUUUUUGUCCUGAAUGUGGAGUGAUUGUUCAGUGUUUCAAUGAAGAGUGGAUGUGUUAAUGAGAUUUGUGAAAUCUUUGAAUUACUGUAAAGCUCAUGAUCAUCCCAUAAUCUGCUGAUUACUCUGAUGUCUUAUCAAUGGAGCCUUGUUAAUCUGUAAUCAGUUCAACACACAUCUUGAGUGUGUUUCAAAAGUAUAUAUGUCUUUGAUAUACAAUUUUUUGUGCUGAUUUGCUGCUACCGGCUGCACUGAGGUGUCUUCAUAUUGCAUAAUUUCGGCAAUUUUUCCAGCAUUGAAAAGCAGCAUUGUGGCUCAAAUGUAUAAAAAGUAUAUAUUAAAAGUGACAUUAUUAACCCAGAUGUCUUAAAGAUGCUACACACUAGUGAGCAAACAUUAACUGACAUUUUCUACAUGUUUUUUUAAGUCUUACAUCACUGCUUUCUCUAGCUGCUUGAUGUAAUCAUUUCUUUCUUCACAGUCCGCUCCUGUGUAGCCACUGUAGCAAAAUUGGACUAACUGUGUGUUUGCUUAGCCAGUGGAGUUGCGUUCCUGCAGCCACCCACUGUGUUCACAGUGUAGCGUGGCACAUCAUUAGGACUGCAGGUCAUUCUACGCAGCUCAUUACUGCCUCAGUAGAUACACUGUAAAAUUGUUAGAGAUCCAGCACUGCGAGGGUCAAACUAGGCAUUUUGAGUCAGCUAAGUGUGUGAUGUUAGUGCUUGGUGACAAUUUAGCAUAAAUCCCUUCUGGGGGAGACACAUUUCUAUAUUGGAAGAUUUGAAAGAUAAAAACCUGUUGAUAUAGCCACUGUGAACACUAAUUACGGCUACAGGGUUAAUAUAUGACAGGCGUUAUUUUAUUGGUUCAAUGAGAAUAUUGUACUCAUCAAAGUAAUUGCUGCAUUACUGCUAAAAUGUCAAACUGCUGUGAUCUAUCAGGAAAACUGUCUAAAGUUAGCUAUCAUUAGCCACUGUAAGCUAGCAUGCAUUCCAGACCAAGACAAGUGGCAGAACCAGUGCCAGUGAAAUGUACUGCUUAUUAAUUCAUCAAUAUCAUUUCUUCUUUCAAAAGUCUCACAUGUAUCUUUCUAAAGAUAAACCCAACCAAAACAAAGUGUCACAGGGAGAAGGGUAAAGGCAAAAAUACUCAAGUUUUUGGCAACAUCAAUGAAGUUUCCUCUCGAUGUUUUUAUAACGUUUUUGAAAUGAUAAUUGGCUGGCCAGAUUGCAACUGAGGACAUGGUUGUUACAUGGUGGACCUUUUUAAAAACAGCCUACAGGAUGUCCUGUCGUGCCAUUUAAAUGGAUAACUACCUCCUGUUUCAAGUCGCAUGUUCUUCAGCAAAUCAAUAUCAGGGUAGGAACAUAUAUCUCUUACGUCAUCUCGCCAUGACAACAAUCAUAUUAGUUUACUUAUUAUUUAGACUUUUCAAUGCUUUCAGACGAACACAUUAUUGCCAUAGUCAUUAGUGCUUGUUAUUUUCGGUUGGUCUGCUUUGUGUGGACAGAAAUGAUUUAAACUUUCCAUUCUCUAUCCAUCAUAGUUCAACUCAUUAACUUUGCCCCUAGAAGUGUGUGUAUGGCUGUGCAUGCCUUUGAUAUAAGUAUUCUUUGUGCAUGUGGGCAAGUGUGUGUGUGUGUGUGUGUGUGUGUGUGUGUGUGUGUGUGUGUGUGUGUGUGUGUGUGUGUGUGUGUGUGUGUGUGUGUGUGUGUGUGUGUGUGUGUGUGUGUCUAUGUGUGGCACCUUUUUAUAAGAGUGUUUUAAGCGACAAUGUGAGGUGUUAACACACAUAAGAUCUUUGUUUACUAAAGCUAUCCAAAUAAUAUACUGUAUGCUUGUCAUAUCUUCUUAACAACGUGCACUAUGUUUGCAUGUACAGUUUUACAAAGGAUGCACCAGUUCCUGUUGUUGAAAACUGGUUGUUUUGAAGUAUAAAAAUCCAUAUGAUAAUUAACUGUACAAAAUGGCCUUAAAUCUUUCACAGAUUUUCUUGGAAUUGUGCGAUGCCUUCUUCAGAAAAAUGAAUUGUUUUUGAUGAAUUAAUUGUUAUAUAUUUUGUGUCAGUGUUUCUAUUGCUUUCUAGUGGAAUUUCUUUGCACAAGUUGAGUUAUAGAAAAAUAAUGAUCUUGUACUUUUUUGAAAACGUGAUUAAUCAGAGAAAGCAUGGCUGAAGUACUGAUUGUCUGAUAAUACAUAUAAUAGAUGACUAUUUCUGUAUCUUUUUUUUAAAUAAAUAUUCAUAUCAAACACAA